AUGAAAGGUUUCAGACAGAGGGUUCAUGAGCAGCUUUCGCGCUCAAAAGAUCCAAACAAAACAAAAUCUAAGAAGGGGGAAUCAUCAAAAGAUGGCACAUCUUCACCUUCGCAAUCAAAUUCGCAGGGAGCGGGACAAUCGCCUGCAGUAACACCCUCAUCUUCGAGCACCACACUUAAUGACUUGCGGAAUAAACCACUGCCUCCUAAUGAUGGUACAUCCUCAAGUGGUGUAGUUGUACAACCGCCUUUGAACCCGGCAGCUCUUGGUGCAAUGUCUGCUCCGGAUCGAUUCAACACAGGAGGAGGUUCCCCCAGUCCUGGGACACCAAAUCGUCAUGGGGCACUUCCUCCUAGUGUCGUUAUCAGUCCAAGUGCACCACACAUCCCUCCUCCAGGUGCCGCAGAAACAAUGCCGCAUGACCUCGCCCCCCCCAAGGCUGGUGCGAAGUCAUCAAUGUUCGACCGGUUACAAACAACUCCAAAAGAUGUCCCAGAAGGCAUCAGAACACCAAAGCGACAACACUCUUCAAGAUUUGAUAUUUCUCCUCUCCGCGAAUUGGAAAAGCUGCCAGGUUUCCACGAGGUACCUCCCAAUCGCCGCCAAGAUCUCUUCAUGCAAAAGAUUGAUCAAUGCAAUGUCAUAUUUGAUUUCAACGAUGCAAGCGCGGAUAUGAAGUCCAAGGAAAUCAAACGAUUGGCUCUCCAUGAACUUCUCGAUUACGUUGCCAACAAUAGACAAGUCAUCACUGAGGCUAUGUAUCCAAAGGUUGUCGAGAUGUUCAGUAAAAAUCUUUUCCGCCCCAUACCACCUCCUAUGAACCCUCAAGGUGAAGCGUUCGACCCCGAGGAAGAUGAACCAGUUCUUGAAGUUGCUUGGCCGCAUAUUCAAGUCGUAUAUGAAUUCUUCUUGAGAUUUAUUGAGAGUCAAGACUUUAACACCAAUAUUGCGAAGGCAUUCAUAGAUCACAGUUUUGUAUUACAGUUACUUGAACUCUUUGAUUCUGAAGACCCUCGCGAGCGAGAUUUCUUAAAGACAACCCUUCACAGAAUAUAUGGAAAAUUUCUCAACCUCCGGUCAUACAUUAGAAGAUCUAUUAACAACGUAUUCUUUCAAUUCGUUUAUGAGACGGAACGUUUCAAUGGCAUUGCUGAGCUAUUGGAGAUUCUUGGGUCUAUCAUUAACGGUUUUGCUCUGCCAUUAAAGGAAGAGCACAAACUGUUUUUGACGAGAGUCUUAAUACCAUUACAUAAAGUCAAGAGUCUGAGCAUGUAUCAUCCUCAACUUGCCUACUGCAUUGUCCAAUUCCUAGAAAAGGAUGCAGCCUUAACAGAAGAGGUCGUUUUGGGCUUGCUCCGCUACUGGCCCAAGGUGAACAGCACGAAAGAAGUCAUGUUCCUAAACGAAGUGGAGGAUAUUUUCGAGGUAAUGGACCCAGCAGAAUUCGCUAAAGUUCAGGAGCCUCUCUUCCAUCAACUGGCAAAAUCAGUUGCGAGCCCACAUUUUCAAGUUGCAGAACGUGCGUUAUACUUCUGGAAUAACGAAUACUUUUGCAAUCUGGUCAGCGACAAUGUCGAGAUAAUCUUACCAAUUAUGUUCGCACCAUUAUAUGAGAAUUCCAAAGGUCAUUGGAACAGAACGAUCCACGGCAUGGUUUACAAUGCAAUGAAGCUAUUCAUGGAGAUCAACCCUCAACUUUUUGAUGAUUGCUCUCACGACUACACUGAGCAUCAGAAUAAUGCUGAAGCUAGAGAACAAGCCAGAGGAAACAAAUGGAAGGCUUUGGAGGAACAAGCAGGAAGGUCGAAGACUAAUGGAGCCGCCUUACCUACAGGUCCAGCUUCUCCUUCUAGAACCAAAACAACCCCUUUACGAGCAGAUGAUGUGGAUCCGAUGACAGAGGACAAUCAGAAGAGGCUAGACUCCUUGAAACUUCAAGAUGGAGAUCGUCGAGAGCGAAGACCCAAUCACGAUCGACAAAACUCGAGCAAUUCCAUGUCGGGUCUCGAUUUCGAUUUCGACACGCAUGCUAAUCGUUCCGUGAGUGGCACCUCUACAACCGCAGUUGUCGGACUUGUUUCGUCAUCGACCUCAACGGUACCGAAAAAGGGAUUGGAUGGUGACCCAGAAACGAGCGAUCGUUCUUUUAUCGACGACCAGGCUAGUCUUCUCUCUUGA